AGUCGCGUCUCUGCAACUUAAGUCACUUUCUCCUCGGCUCCUAAAACAAGUCCGACUGCAUCUACAAACGGUGUUUCCCAUUUCAUAGGACAUGGCGUCCUUCGAUCUUCAAGAAGAACUUCAGGCACUACUAGACAUAUCAGACUAUGACAUUCCAAACGAACAUAACAUCUCUUCAUCAGAUCCACGCUCAAUAAAUGCCAUUUUAGAGCGUGCGGUCGAAGCUCUUGCAGAGUCUACGGAUGCAAUCACUGAGCCAGAAGUCUUUGACGCGUAUCGAAGCCUGCUCAAACACGCGGAAAGCCUCCAAGGUGUUAUCAUGAGCAAGAUGCUAGAUUCCAUAUCCUCUGCAUUCCAGGCCCAGGUAGAAGCUGCCCUCAAGGAUGUCGAACAUGAAGAUCCUCAAACAUUCAUGGCUCAUAAGACCCCACUCGAGAUGUAUGCUUUCCUGCUGCAUUGGUUUGUCUCUGCUGCGGAGAAAGUCAAAUCUUCCGGAGAGGAAGAGGCCCCUGCGCCGCCGCCCAAGUCACGACGUGGUAAAGGCGGAAAGGCUGCCACUUCCCGUGCCGCUGCUGCCAAAGGGUGGACGUGGGAGGACCAGAUCCCGAACACACUUGCCGUGAUAAGUAGAGUUCUGCGACUCAAGACGCAAAGAAUAUGGACGACUACUGCUGAUAAGGACACGUUCAUCAAUUGCGUUACUCGCCCAGCUUACCACAUUACUGAAUCCGAACAGUAUAUGAAACAACAGACUAUUCGCCUCGGUGUUUACAAAGUCAUCUGUCUCGCGGUCAAACACCAUGGACAUUCCCUGGCUGCUCAAAUCACCAUCAUGCAGUCCCUGCAGUACUACGAACAUCUUUCCGAACCUAUGGCGGAAUGCCUCACUGUCCUUGCGAAGGAGUUUGACCACGCUCAGUUGGGCGAUGAGAUUCUACGAGAAAUUGCUGGGAAGAGUUUCAACGCUCAAGACUCGAAAGGGCCUCGUGCAUUCUCGAGGUUUCUCAUCAAAUUUGCAGAACUAUCACCGCGCUCUGUGUUAAAACAGAUAUCGCUGUUGCUCUCGCAUCUCGACUCCGAGUCAUACCCUAUGCGCAUGGCCCUGGUAGAAGUCAUUGGGUGCCUCAUCCGCGAACUUGUCUCAUCUGACGUUAACGGCGACACGCAACAACAACUCCAAAAGCAAAUCACAGGUCUCUACGACCUUCUGCUUGAAAGAACUCUCGAUCUCUCUUCCUACGUUCGAACUAAGGUCCUCUCAGUCCUGGCCAAACUAUGCGACCUUCCCGUCAAGUUCCCAAAACAGCGUCUAGCAAUCACCGGAGCUGCAGUAGCCUCCUUGGAAGAUAAAGCGAGUGGCGUACGCAAAGGCGCCGUGAUGCUUUUGGUGAAGUUGAUUGUUACCCAUCCAUAUGGGCUAAUGCAUGGGGGAUUGUUGAGCCUGAGGGAAUGGGAGGCGAGGUAUAAGGAAGCCUCCGAUGAGCUGCAGAAGAUUGGUGCCAAAGUGGGGAAAGCUGUUGAGAGGGAUGACGAUGAGGAAGUUGAUGGCGAGGAGCAUGAGAAUGGAGAGGAGGUUGAAGGUGACGCCGAGGAUGGCGAGGGUUCGCCGAGUCGCAAACAGAAAAGCGCUAGAGCUGACGACGAAAUGGACGUUGAUGAGGAGGGCGAGGGUGAGGAUGAAGGUGGCGAUGAAGAUGAGAUGGAUCAAGAUGGUGAAGGUUCACAACCGCGCACGCCCAAGAAGAAAGGCAAGAAGAAACGUCGCAAAUCCGAGAUAGACUUGAUCGCUCUAGCAAACGAACAAGAAGCUCUUGCGACGCUCACUAGCAACGAAGUCCUGCAUUUGAAACUUCGCAAGCGUUACUAUGCUGAGGCUUUGAACUUCGUGAGGCAGAUCGAGCAUGAUGGGAUGGAAACUGUCCAGAAGUUAUUAGCGUCGACAAACAAAUUGGAAGUCUUGGAGGCUAUCGAGUUCUUCAGGGUGACGUACGAGUAUGCAUUCGACGGUGCUGAGGCUGGAAUUCGCAAGAUGCUUCACCUCAUUUGGCAGAAAGACAACUCUUCUACUGGAGAAGAUGGGAAGGAGAUCAAGGGCGUUCGUUCACGUCUCCUUGAAUGUUACAAAAGCUUGUAUUUCGAAGCACUCGCUGACAUGGAGCCGAAACAGCAAGUCAACCGCAUUGCUAAGAACAUGAUUGAGCAAACCUACCAUGCUACUUUGGCUGAGCUGACCAGUUUGGAAGAGAUGAUGCGUAUCAUGAUGGAAGACCGCCAAGUUCAUCAAGAUGUCAUUGGAAAACUGUGGCAGGUUUACAGCUCGGAGCGACCGCUCCCUCGAAUGCAGAGGCGCGGAGCCAUCAUAAUUCUUGGCAUGCUCGCUCUCGCCAAACGCUCAGUCGUUUCAGAGCGAGUGGAGGUGCUCGUGAAGAUCGGCCUCGGUAACUUGGGAAAGGCUGACUUGACGCUUGCUCGAUAUACCUGUGUUGCUCUGCAACGGCUUAAUGGUAGUGUAAAGAAAGUCAAAGGUUCGCUUUUUAACGAAAAUAUUCGUCUUGAAAUGGACAACCCCAUCUUUCGUAAGCUCCAAGAUGCCAUCGAACAACCGUGUCGCUCCAAGGAAUGGUUUGGAAUGGCUGAGCAAGCGAUCAAUACCAUAUACGCACUCGCUCAACGACCUGACAUCUUAUGUGACAACAUCAUCAAGAACCUCACGAGGCGGGCGUUCACCCCGAAGAAGGCCGACAAGCAAAAGGCCAGUUCGCAAGAUCCGGAUGCGAUGGUCGACGAACAAGACCCAGAGGAGGCGAACCGUACGGCCACUCAGGGCGGGGAUGCUGAAGACAAAGAUGUAGGCGAUGCCUUCGAGCUCAGCCAACUUCUCUUUAUUGUCGGACACGUUGCAAUCAAGCAUAUCGUCUAUCUUGAACUAGUGGAGCGCGAAUGGAAACGCCAGAAACAUGAACGGGAACAGGCUGAAAAGCUCGCAGCAAAUCGCAGCAGUCCCACACGGGCAUCCAAGGACACUGAAGAAUUGGACCAGGUUGCUGGUAACGCCGAAGACGAGAUCGGUGAACGCAUUGCAGGAAUAAGGGAGACAGAGCUAUUAUAUGGCCCCGAUUCGCUGCUAGCAACAUAUGGCCCAAUGAUCGUUCACAUUUGCGGUAGCCCUCAUAAGUUCAAGAAUCGUACCUUGCGUGCUGCAGCGACAUUAGCAUUUAGCAAAUUCCUUUGCGUCAGCUCCCAGUUCUGCGAUCAACAUCAUCGUCUGCUUUUCAAGAUUCUUGAAACGUCGAAGGACGCAAGUAUCCGAAGCAAUACUGUCAUUGCUCUCGGAGACGUUGCAGUCUCCUUCAGCAGUAUCAUCGACGAGAACAGUAACGAGCUGUACAAAGGCCUGUCGGAUGCAGAUCUUACGGUCAAGAAGAAUACGCUCAUGGUUCUGACCCAUCUCAUUCUAAACGGCAUGAUCAAAGUCAAAGGUCAACUAGGAGAGAUGGCGAAGUGCCUGGAAGACCAAGACGAGCGUAUCUCUGAGUUGGCGAAGCUGUUUUUCUCAGAACUCUCGACCAAAGAGAAUGCUAUUUACAAUAACUUGCCUGACGUCAUCAGUCACUUGUCCGUUGGUGCACAUUCGGUCAGCGAAGAGAUCUUCGAGAGCACAAUGAAGUACAUUUUUACAUUCAUUGAAAAGGAGAAACAAGCCGAAUCGAUCGUCGAGAAGCUCUGCCAACGUUUCCGAUUGUCGGAAGAUCCACGACAGUGGCGCGAUAUCGCCUACUGCUUAUCGCUGCUACCGUUCAAGUCAGAGCGGUCGGUGAAGAAACUCGUGGAAGGACUUCCGUUUUACCGCGACAAGCUUCACGAGGAGACGGUCUUCACUCGCUUCCAGGAGAUCCUCACCAAAGCUCGUCAAAACAAAUCGUCGAAUAAACCCGAUGCUGAGCUGAACGAGUUUGAGGCGAUCCUAGAGGAGCACAAGAGGCAAGGUGAAGAAGAUCAAGCAUUUGAGAAGAGGGUCGAAGGGAAGAAAGCUCAGGCGAAGAAACGUGCAACUCGUCGAUCUGCAAGAAAGAAGCCGGUUGAAGUGGAGGAAGACUCGGAGUGAAUGUCAUUCCGUUCACUGAAGUAUCCUACUGUAUAGUAGUAUUGUGUUUGUAUCAUCAUUUCUUGAAUCCGGUGUAUCCAUACAACUCGUAAGUCUCAAAGAGAUGUGGCGCAGCGUCUCAGAUGUUGCAAAACCGGCGGGAAGUAAAGAUAGAUUGUUAACAGAAUACAUCAACACAAGAUAUACACAACAU